AUGAAUCCGACUGGAGGAAAAAAGAAGAAGCCCAUUCCUUGCCGAUUUUGGUUACAAGGCAGCUGUCGCUAUGGAGACGACUGUGAAUAUAUGCACUCUAUGGAGGUACCAAAGGCAACCAAUUCCUCCAAAACGCAAGCAGCCGCUUCCACUGUCAAGGAAAAUAAAUCCCAGUCGCUGAAUGUAGUGAAUCUAGAUUUCAAAAUCAGUCCACUGUUAUUUGGAAAUGGCGUUGUGUCUUUCAAUCGGAACCACGGCCUUCUGUUUGGAGCGAUGGUUCCCGAAGACUUCUUUUCCGAGUCUGCAAGCAUUUUUAGUAUGACAUCUAGAACGGAGACGAAUUUCAUCAAAUAUCUGAGUCGUGACUUGCAGGUUCUCCUCAAAAUGCCAUUCAACCAUUUCAUAAGCCACGUUCUCUGUGACGAGAACUUCCAAAAGACGAUCCAGACCUUCUUCCUCUACGCUCCUCGCAUCUACGACCCCAAACACGCGUAUUCCACGAUCGCUCCCAUCUACUCUCUCCUCUUCCACGUUUACUACCGUCUCGUCAUGGAUUCUGCCGGCCAAACCGAGUUCUCCAAAGCAGUUCCCGCGUUCGGAGGCCUGGGCAAAACCUACUGGGAAGUGGUGUGUUCGAAAGGAAUUCUGAACGUGAUCACGUUCGUGGAUUGGUGCUGUCUGCUCGGCGUGAAGAACCAAGGAAUUCUAAACGAACUGAUCGAUCACGUGGAGUCGCAACGCGCCGUUUUCCACGACGAAAUCAUCGGAUUCUUCAUGGAAGUGAACGGGAAAUUGGAAGACAUGGCGACUCGCCUGCUGGACGAAAGCGAAUCGAAGGCGAAUCGAUCGGAAUACGUUUUGUUCGUGCGAGAUAUCAUCAAUUCCUGCUCGACGCUGCCUAUUGCGUCGUGGAUGACGUUUCCUCGCUGCUGUUCCAUUCGAAUUCGAAGCUCAUUCUCUCGGCCGUACAUCGUGGACUACUUCGAUUUGCUCUGCGAAAAACUGAUUUUCUGCUACGGCGAUCCUUCGCUCACCCCCACACUCCCUUCCAUUUCCGAUUCCUCCCUCCAAUCCGUUUUCUUCGGCUAUCUCCGCGAGAAUCUCUCCGACUCCGACUCCCUCGACUCCGCCUUCAUUCAUUCCCGCGUUUAUAACCGACUCAGCCGGCUUCCUGGAUGGGACGAAACCCAGCGCGCGUACUACAUGGAGCUCCUCUCGCCAAAGAGCGAAUCGACCUUCGAAGAAACCCUGUCUCGCCUCAAGAUCCGAAAGGAGCGAUCGAAAGUGCAGAAACGCGAGCUUUCGAACCAGCAGCUGGCGAUCGACUGCCUCAGCGAGAUGUUCCCUGCGUACGGCAAGGCCUUCAUCGAAGCGAUCUGCCAGCAUUUCCAUCUUCAGGACUGCGAGGAAUCGGAUUGGGAGCCGCGUCUGCAGCACGUGACCGAGCUGAUUCUGUCCAAUCAGCUGCCUCGCGAGCUGCAGUACUUGAAUUCGUCCGCGAAGACGAAUCAGGUGCGCGAUGCGAACGAUCCGCUGGAGAGACAGCGCGUGCUGGAUAGUCUCUUCACAGAGCGCGAAUUGAAGAAAAUGCAGCGACUGGAAGAGAAGGAGCAGAACCAGAACAACGAGGACAAUCCCAACUUGGACCAGGAGUUAAAGCGGAAGAUUUUGUCGCGCUAUGAAGCGAUGAUGUACGAAGACGAGGGCGUGGACGAGGAUUACGUUGCGGCCGUUUACAACCCCAACGAGGAAACCGUCGAGGUCGACGACGACGAAACGAACGCGAUGAAACGCCCUGCGUCGCCGAUGGAGCGGAGAAACCGGAGAAUCGGGGAAACGCGAAGGGGAAAGUGGAGAAUAAGAGUGGAGGGAAGAAAAGCGCGGCAUCGCAGAAGAAGGAAACGACAAUUGGCGGGAAGGAAAAAGGAGAAACGGUGGUAA